AUGGAAGUGAGAGAAGUAAUUGAGAAAGAAUUUCUUGACAAUUAUAAAGAAAUGAAAAGAAUGGUAGAUCCAUUAGUUUUCGGUAAUUUAAAAAGUGAAACAGAAAUGCUUGUAAAAGAUGCACGAAUCAUAUUACAUAAAGAACGUGUAAUUGAAGAAGGAAGAGAGGUGAUUGAAGAAACAAAGAGAAAUGAAGAGGCAGAAGAAAUGUUGAAGAAAGAGAUAGUGAGAGACAAAAGGAGAGAAAUAAUAGAGAAAGAUGAAGAAUUACAAAGAAUGGAAAAAGAGAUUGAAGAAUUGAAAGCAGAAGGUCAGAGAGCAAAAAAGUUAAGAGACAUGAAGAAGGAAGAAUUAGAAUGUGAAAAGUAUGGGUAUAAAACAGAAAGUAAGAUAUUAGAAGAAUUAGAGUUUGUUAGAAAUAAAUAA